UGUGGAAAACAAGUGUUUCUGGUGUCAGGGUCACAAUGAACCCAGUUUUCGGCAGGCUAACUAGGCUAGGGGCAGUUAAUCGGCACAGAAACAUAAGCAUGGCGGCAGCACUCCGAGGUAGCCUCGUUACAUUAGCAAAGGGCCUUAACGGCCCCUGGCUGCAUCAUCUGGGCUCCAGGUCCCUCAGUGUGGGGGCCUGCCUGAGGGCCCCAGAGGCCCCCCCGGCCCGUGCCGACAGCACCUUCAGGGUCACCAUGGUGCCUGGCGACGGGGUGGGACCAGAGCUCAUGACGGCUGUGAAGGAAGUCUUCAAGGCAGGUGACGUGCCGGUGGAGUUCGAGGAGUUCCACCUGAGUGAGGUACAGAACAUGGCCAGCGAGGAGAAGCUGGACCAGGUGCUGGCCUCCAUGAAGACCAACAGGGUGGCCAUGAAAGGGAAGAUCCACACCCCGAUGGAGUACAAGGGAGAGCUGGCCUCCUACGAGAUGAGACUGAGGAGGAAGCUGGACCUGUUUGCCAACGUGGUCCAUGUGAACAGCCUGCCCGGUUACAGCACUCGCCACAACAACCUGGACCUGGUCAUCAUACGCGAGCAGACCGAAGGGGAGUACAGCUCCCUGGAGCAUGAGAGUGUGAAGGGCGUCAUCGAGUGCUUGAAGAUCAUCACCCGCGAGAAGUCCCGCCGCAUCGCCAAGUUCGCCUUCGACUACGCCACCAAGAAGGGGCGGAGCAAGGUCACCGCCGUGCACAAGGCCAACAUUAUGAAGCUGGCCGACGGGCUGUUUCUGCAGAGCUGUGCCGAGGUAGCGGAACUGUACCCCAAGAUCAAAUACGAGACCAUAAUCAUCGACAACUGCUGCAUGCAGCUGGUGCAGAACCCCUACCAGUUUGACGUGCUGGUGAUGCCCAACCUGUACGGCAACAUCAUCGACAACCUGGCCGCCGGGCUGGUGGGCGGGGCCGGCGUGGUGCCCGGGGAGAGCUACAGCGCUGAGUACGCCGUGUUCGAGACCGGCGCGCGGCACCCCUUCGCUCAGGCUGUCGGCCGGAACAUCGCCAACCCCACCGCCAUGCUGCUGAGCGCCGCCAACAUGCUCAGACACCUCAAUCUGGAGUAUCAUUCCAACAUGGUGUCUGAAGCUGUCAAGAGGGUGAUCAAGCAGGGCAAGGUGCGUACAGCAGACCUGGGCGGCUACGCGACCAGCGACGAGUUCACCCGCGCCGUCAUCAGCAACCUGACCGUCUGACCGCAACGCUCGCCCCGCUGCCACGCCCCCCCCCCCAGACCAGACACGCCCACUGGCCACGCACACACACCCAAGCCUCAGCACACGCACUCCAGCGUGACCACACACACACACACCCCCAAACUUCAACACACACACUCCACUGUGACCACGCACACACACAGACACACACCGCUGCAGUAUCCAACAGGUCAUUUCAGCUGUGUUAUCUCAGGCUUGCAUUUUAGCUCCAGUCGUCUGGAUGGUAUAUCUGUCUCCAGACGACUGCUGCCUUUUUAAAAGCUUUUAAAUAUUUAAAUGCAGUGGUUAAAGUACUCUUGCCACUGGAGACUGGAGAAAUUAUGGUGAUGUCUUUAGAUCUGUGGCAUGGCCCCUUCUUCAUUCAUUGCUAAUGAAUUCCUUCAUUGAGAAAUCCAAUGUUUUUUUUCUUUUUUUUUUCUUAAGGAAAUGCAUUUUGGCUGGGUAGCAGACUGGGUUGCUUUCCCAUAUGUUUGGGGAGCUGACUGAGGCAGCUGGUAGUUUAGCGGUUAUAAGGCACAACAUUUUGCAUUACAUGCAGGGACCAUAAUGCUGUAAAGGCAGUGGUGUGUGGACUGACAUGGACAUAGACCAAUAACCUUUUUGGACCUUUUGGGCUGCCGUAUAUGAUGAAACAACCUGUUUAAUCUGGAUUUGAAUUUAAUCAGCCACUAAAAAACGCUUUAAACUGUUUCAAAAACCUUACAGUGGGAACAUGUUUAAAAUGUUACAUUUGCAAGUUAAUGUGUUGAUCCCAUUUGAAAGGCAUUGAUGUACGGUUAAUAGUUUGCAAUAGAUGGAUGAAUUUCCAUCCUUAAAGUAAGUUUGCUGUGUAUGUUGUUGUGCUUUAGGUCUUUGGGCAGUGUCAAAUCCCCCUUCAGCCUUGCUUUUGUGUGGGGUAGUCGCUGAACUCUUUAACGAUUAAUGUUUUAGUGACAGGACCUCCUUUCAAUGCAAUAUCCUUAAAAGACGUACGAGUCUAUAUUUAUUCUUAUUUAUUCUACCGCUGAAUUAUCUGUUGUUGGUCUGUGUCUUCGUGAAACGGAAAUAAAAUGUUUCAAAUUA